GGGCGUUUCUUUAUUGGUGGGUGUUUCUUUAAACGGCAUUGACUUCCCUGCAUGUGUGCCCGGCUGUUUGAUUGACAGCAACCCCUGCCUAUCACACAGCACACAGUCACACCCACCCACACACACAGCCUGUGACCUGCCCUCAUGAUAGCCUCCACUGUGUGUUGUCUGCUCUCCUCAGAACAAGAUUUUAGACGCAUGUUUGAAAAUUGGUGGCUGUCGAUCAGAAAUGCGAGUCAAUUUGCGGAACAUUAAAAUGUGGGACAGUCCCGCACAAAUCAGGAAUUAUGGUCACCCUAGUGUAGCAUGAUAUGAAAUCCUCGAACCACAGCCUCGAACUGUGAUUGGUCAGUUGGUAAAAUGAUUUCCUGGGUGACAAAUUCAGAGGGCAGCCAGACAACAUCUCCGAUUUCAGCUCAACAGUUGCAAUAAGCCUUUGCGGCCUGCAGUCUUUGAUUUUUAACGAUAUCGGGGAGGAUUCAAAUUUACACAGGGUUGGCAGGCCUGGAAUUAUGUACAUUUUAACGAUAACUGUGUCCAGCAGAUAAGACAACUCAUCUUUUUGUAAUUGUAAUCUACCAGUUGCUAUUAGGCUUACCCUGCAAACCUGAUUAAAAAUGAAGUCAACAACUAUAUCUUUCCAAGUGCAUGUCUUUAAAAAGAGCUGUUAUAUUCAGUGGCAUCUUAGAUGUUUUGAUGGGUUUUAUAGUCGAAAGAGGUGGGUCUCGUUAUGUGCUACCACAUGGAUUUUGGAUGGACAAAAUAAAAAAAAUAGAUCAGUUUUUCCUUUAAACUAAAACUGUAGAUACAAGCACCCAAUGAUUUAAAAGUGAAAAUAAUAGAAAUUGUCAGGGGUGUCCACAUUUUUAAAUACCACUGUAUGAGAAUUUGGGGUCAUGUUUGCCCUUUAAUGGAGCUGUCAGCAAGAGCAACAAAGCAAAACCACUGGCAUAUUUGCAGUAAGCCUCUUGGUUGGUGCACCCGGGAGUAACCUUCCCUCUGAUUGGGCGACACAGAUGGAGGCUCACAACAGAUUUGGUGGCUGACUUUUUUUGUUUUAAGAGGUUCAGUUGGAGGCUGCUGCACGUGCAUGCAAGUGUGAAGUGGACGAGCUUAUUGGAGGGAUGAGGUGGAGGAAGGGAGGAGGGGGUAAUAUAAGGUUAAGCUUUGGGUGCAGAAGAGAGGGAGUCUAUUUAAAGGAAACCACCUCCCUGCUCAUGAAUGAUUCAACAACAGUACGCCCCUCCCCCAUGUCAUCAAGAUCAGCUGGAGGAAGAAUUGGCUCGGCCAAUGGGAUUACACUGCCGGAUUCUGUGUGUGUGUGUGUGUGUGUUUAUACACACACACACACACACAGCUGAGAGUGUGCAAGCCAGGACAAGCAGCAGCAGCAGCUUCUGUGUUUGUGUGCAGAAAAUGUAGGCCAGCCGUCUAUUUUCCCUCCCUCUGUCAUCUCUCUCGCUCUCUACCCUUUUCUCCCCUCUGUCUUUUUAUUUGCUAGCUGAGUUUGCCAUAGCUGCAGUCGCCACGGUGACGGCUGCCAUUGUUGCCGCAGCUCCACUUCCGUAUUUACCGAGGCUCGUCUCUCUCCAUCUUCCAUCACUGUGCAUCUCUGCUCGCCAUGAGGAUUUCUAUAGGGGUCAUGUAACCUCCCUGAGGAACUACAGUUUGCAUCGGUGUGUGCGUGUGUGUACGUGCUUGUGUAUGUGUGAGAGCGAGAGAAAGGUGCGCUUCAGGGUCCAGCCAUGAAUUCCUGUUGGAAAAUCAAGAUUCAGAAUGAAAAACCUUUGGGUCAUUCAGCGAGCAGAUCCAGCAAUAUAUCCAAGGCGGGAAGCCCGACUUCUGUGAACGCCCCAUCUAGCUUCUCAAGAACAUCCGUCUCUCCCUCCAGCCAAGACAUCUGCAGCAGUGCAGAUCAGGGGUGUCAGAAGCGGACCACUGUUGUUUUCUUGGCUCCUAACGGUAAAAGCUAUGAAGGUUCUGGAGGUACAGUGACCACCAUCUGCUCAGAUCCGCCACCUGUCCUCAAGCAACGAGACUGGCUCUCACUGCUGCGUCCGUCCUCAGUCAACAUUCGCCCUCACGGUUCGCUUCGCUUUUCUGUGUCACUCAACGACGUGGGCCAGCGUGUGGACAGCCUUUAUCGUGGUCUGAACUUUAUCGACCGCACCUGCUCUGAGGGAGAGCUGGAGUUGAAGCCCCUGCCCGCUCAGCCUGGGGGCUCUGAUCCAAGGGCGGCAGACAACCAAAAAAAUGGAACAUCGAGUCCGGCCUUCUUAACACAGCACCACCCUGUCACCUCUUUCACUAACAACUACAAAUAUAUGUUGAGCCUCCCAAUUAAUAACCACCAUCUAUCAAAUGCCGUCCCACCCAUCCGUCCUCCUCCCCCUCCACUACCCCCUGACCAACCCCAUCGCUCUCCAAGCUCCAACUUCCUCCGCCUGCUCCUCCCAUUCUCCCAAUCCUCAACCUCCGAGCUGGAUGGCUACACUUCUCACCUUCAUAUCAACAAGUCCUCCAGCGCCUUCUUGGAAGGCAACGAGUUGGAGUUUGCAUCAGAGGAGCUACCGGCGGAAGACGGCCUCACAGAGAACCGUUGCACUCGCCCUCCACGACUAACAAGCACAGCUGAGAAGAGCGCCACUCAUCUGGCACCCUUGUGCUACAUGGAUGAGGACAGCGACCUGGACCGCUGCCCGUCCCCUUUGUCAGCGAAAACUGAACCACAGUCCCCAUAUUCACAGUCUGGCGACUGCUGCAGGAUCUGUCACUGCGAAGGCGACGACGAGAGUCCGCUGAUCACGCCGUGUCACUGCACGGGCAGCCUGCGCUUCGUGCACCAGUCAUGUCUCCAGCAGUGGAUCAAGAGCUCCGACACUCGCUGCUGUGAGCUCUGCAAGUACGAGUUUAUCAUGGAGACCAAGCUGAAACCUUUACGCAAGUGGGAGAAGCUUCAGAUGACGGCGAGCGAGAGAAGGAAGAUCAUGUGCUCGGUCACCUUCCACGUCAUCGCCAUCACGUGUGUGGUUUGGUCGCUCUACGUGCUCAUCGACAGGACGGCGGAUGAAAUCAAGCAAGCCCGGAGUAUCCCAGGCAUCAUGGAGUGGCCCUUCUGGACCAAGCUGGUGGUGGUGGCCAUCGGCUUCACGGGCGGACUGGUGUUCAUGUAUGUGCAGUGCAAGGUCUACAUCCACCUAUGGAGGAGACUCAAGGCCUACAACCGUGUCAUCUACGUCCAGAACAGGCCGGACUCGUGUAAAAAACUGGCGCUGGAGAAGCCCCCCCUCUUGGAGCCCAGCGUGGACAACAAGGAGACUCUCGCCCCCGCCUUGUCGGAGACAAACUCCUCCCACUAUACAGAGACUGAAGACUACAGUAUGGAGGUCCUCCAUGUGUGACCUUUUUCCAGGUUGAUGUCCUCUAAGACAAAUUGUGGUCUGGAUGUUUUUCCUGUCUGGAUUCUGGUUUUAGGGACUUCUAUAGAAGCCUGCAACACACACACACACACACACACACACACACACUUAUAAUUUUUUUGGUGUUUGCUUUUGAUAAGAGUCCUGGACCAAAUCUGUUGUGGAUCUGGAUCGCAGUCCAUCUUUUGCUCCAACCCAACUCAACCAACCCACCAGACUGUCUGAUCUGCAUUGAAGCACUUUUGUUGUUUUUUUUUUUUUAGCUCCGCAAAAGCAUCCUUUCUUCUUUUGUCUUAUUUUUCUACAAGAAGGAGGUCUCACUCGGGUGUGCUUUUAUUUCUUAACACAUCUUCUCACGGAUGUCACUGGAGAAAAACAGUUGAAUAUGAUGUGAAUUCCAAUUGAUUCAAUUCUUUUACUUUUGGCUCAGGCACAUCACUUUCUUGCACAUGUUGGAAAAUCCAUCCACGUACAGUAUUUAUUUAAACCAUCACAAACUUUCCGAAGGCUUUGAGGAUGUUUUUUUUUUUAAAGAUAUGAAAACAACAUCUUUUACUGGUCCUUUUCAUUGAAAUGUGUGCGAUUAGAAGGCGUUAUAUUUACAUGACCAUAAUGUAUCUUCUUCAUCCGCAGGCUGUUCUUUCAGCUUUUUAAGACGCGAUUCCACACUGGCAUAGUUAUGAAAAAUAUUCAACAUUAUACGGUAAUAGAUACAUUAUACUGUCAUGUAAACAUAUUGCCAUGUUUGUUCCAUGUGCAGUUUUUAAAAGAAAUCCUCCGCUGCCUUACCUGCCUAUCUGUCAUCCUACUACGUGUGCGCUUAGAUUGAAACCUGAUGGAAACAUUGCACAUUAAAGCCAUCCUUAAUGUUAUUCCAUCAAUAAGUUGGCCUUGGUCGCCAUCUAUGUCCAACUGCAUGAGGGAAGUGGCUUCCAUUCUACUGCAAAGUGUCUCAAAUUUUUUUUUGGUCCUCCAAUUUUUUGGGGGGAGUCCUCCAUGUAGCGGGAUUUAUACAGGGCAUGGAAGUGUAAAGCUAUACUAAAAAAUAUGGUCGCAUAGUAUCACACAUUUAUAUCCCAAUGUUGAUUGUAUCACUUUUUUCUUUUUCUUCCAAGGUUUGGGUAAUGAAAUUCAAGUCAAUUAUUCAUUUUGAUAAAUAUCUUAUCUCCUAUUAAUACUGAAGUUCAUUCACAUGAUCUCUCGUCAGCGCCCUCGGGUGGUGGGAAGCUGAAUGUGCACAAAGGCAGCGUUUGAUUUCCAACUGGUAUUUUUUUGUUUGUUUUUAGUGUCUGAAUCAUGUGAGAGUCAACCUUCACAGCCAUUCCACAAACGUUUUAAAAUGUUCUUUAUGAUACAAUAACUACUGCCUGGGAGGAGCAACAUAUUUGCUAAUUACUGCUCAGCAGCAAUAAAUAAAAUCAGAGCUUUUGUUGUUGUUUUUCUUUUUGUUUUAGCAGUGCAAACUAUUUGUGUAGACGUCUCAUGGUGGUGGCUUCACAUUUUGAAGGAUUUUUAUUUUUACUUUUUUGCAUCCUGUUGGAGUCAUUUCUUUGCAACUUCUCUCGAGGCUCGGUGCAAUUAGAUUUUUCAAAAAAAAAGUGCAAUUACCCUGUAUGUUGUUGAUCUAUUCUAUACUUAUUUACUGUGUUUAUUGGCUGUCCGAUGAUCUCCAUGUUUUGUUUGUGUUGUAUUUAUUUUUAAAGAAUUGACUCAUUAAAGUCCUCUUGCUUUUUUUUCUUUAGGAAUUUUAUGCAUCUUACAUUUUUCCCCCCAAGGCACAACAGCUUUUUGACUGUUUAAAAAAAAAAAGCUUAUUAACGAAACGGUUUUAACAUGGACACUGAACUAGACUAUGUCAUGUAUUUUCAUGCUUUAAAAAACAACCUUAAAAUGGAUGAUAGCGUGUAGAAUGUGCUUUUUUUAUGGGAGCUGGCUCCUUUUCAUUAAGUCUUGACUCAAUCUUUCCUCUUUAUUUUCCUGUUUAUUGAGACAAAGCUUAUUUCUCAGCGUCGGACAUGUACUUUGCUGCUGUAACUUGUCAUGUCUGUCCGGGGAGGACAAAAAUGUAACUUGCAUAACGGCUACUUUUGUUUACUACUGACUGGACUUGAACAUUUCUAACGACUGUUUCCGUGUCGACAAUAUCAUUCCACAAGUUUGUCUGUGAACUUUACUUUGGAAUAGUGAUUUUAAAAAGUUAUUUCAAAAAUGUAAAAAAAAAAUUGUCCUGUUUUUAAGAUAAACUCUUGAUGUGUUUCUUGUUUCCAUGUUUGAACAAAGUAUGUAGAAUUUAAAAUGAACAACCAAAUAAAAGUCAACAUGCUUUUACAACCUUUGCAGUUU